AGAAAAAAAGACAAAAUAAAAUGAUGCAGCAAGGUGUAAACAUGGAAGACAAGGAGGAGAUGGAAUCAUUGCUUGGUCAAGCUGAAAUCUGGAAGUUCAUGACCAGCUUCACAGACUCCAUGGCGCUAAAAUGCGCCGUGGAGCUCGGCAUCGCCGACAUAAUCGAGCGGCACGGCGAGUCACUGCCGUUGUGGAAGAUCGCCGAAGAAAUUGAAGACGCGGCUUCGCCUGAGAUCUCCAUGCUCCAAAGAAUAAUGAGGGUUCUUGUAAGAAGAAAGAUCUUCAGUGCUCAGCACUCGGAAAACGGAGACACAGUGUACGGAGCCACACGCGCCUCCAAGUGGAUCCUACGCGACGCAAAGAUGACAUUGGCGCCGAUGUUGCUGCUUGAGAAUCAUCCCAUUCACUUGAACCCUGCUCACUACAUUAGUCAGUGUAUCAGGGAAGGAAUGCAAAAUGGAACUGCGUUUUUCAAGUGCCAUGGCCAUGAACAAUUUGUUAUGACAGGUUUGGACCCUGAAUAUAACAGGUUGUUCAAUGAGGGUAUGGUUUGCACUGCAAGGGUUGUGUCAAAGGCUGUGAUAUCAGGCUACAAAGAUGGGUUCAAAGAGAUUAAGUCUUUGGUUGAUGUUGGAGGUGGAAUUGGAGGGUCACUCUCUGAGAUUGUGAAGGCAUUCCCACACAUCAAAGGUAUUAACUUUGAUUUGCCUCAUGUUGUUGCAACGGCACCCAUGUAUGAUGGUAUCACCCAUGUUGGUGGAGACAUGUUUGCUUCCAUUCCCCAAGCAGAUGCUAUUUACAUGAAGUGGAUUUUACAUGAUUGGAGCGACGAGCACUGCAUAAAGAUUUUGAAGAACUGCAAGAAGGCAAUAGGAGAGAGUGGGAAGGUGAUAAUUGUGGAUCAUGUUCUUAAGCCAGAAGGAAAUGAUGUGUUUGAUGACACUGGCUUUGCCUUCGACAUGAUGCUUCUUGCACACAACAGUGGCGGCAAAGAAAGGACCCAAGAAAAUUGGAACUGCCUCUUUAAGGAAACAGGCUUCCCUCGCUACAACAUCAUCAACAUCAAUGCUCUUCCAUCAAUCAUUGAGGCAUUCCCAAUCUGAUCUCAACAAAAACAUGCUUAUGUUUCUCACCAUUUCAUUCUUGUUUGUGUUAUCGUAAACAGGGUUUUGUAGUCCCAAUUUCAGUAUGGUUAAUUUUGUGUUUUUAUAAUAUGAUUUUUAAUAAUUAGUCUUUAC